UUUUUCCUUGGGCUGGAAAGCUAAAGCUGAACACUGAUGAAAAUGUCAAGACACAAUCUAGAAAUAUCACUAUUGGUAUCUAGGAAAAUAGUAAUUUGGAUAUUCAGGUAAAAUGAAACGUACUUCAAUCCUCACGACAAAAUUUAGGAGCAUAAAACAAGGGCUAAAGGUAGUUAAACUAAUAGACUAUCAAGAAUUAGAAGUGGAUGAGGACAUACAACAUUAUCCUCUUCGAGCUAUUAUUGAAGAUUAUAGAUAUUUAUUGAAUGUCACCAAAGUCAUAUUAAACACAUCUGGAGAGAGGCGAAUCAUGUGCUGAUUUUGUGGCAAAUGAAGGGAACAUGCAUAAUGAAGAUCUGAUAAUCAAAAAAAUUUGCUCAAAGGAUAUGAAGUUUCUGCUGGUGGCAGACUUCAGGGACACUGCGUUUAAGAGAAUGUAAAUUUAUUUAGUUUUUUCCUUUGUACCAAUAAGAAAAUAAAGGACCAUUUACGGAAUUGUUCUUUAUUUUCAAAACUCAAACUCCAAAACCUCAAUUUAAAGGGCAAAAAUCCAACCAUUUUAUAACUCAAAUCAGACGAAGGGGUUCUCUGCAAAUACACGUGGCAAAAUCUGAGUGGACAUCCAUGGUCAAUAAUAGCGGUAUUAAACCAUGUAGAAGUCGGUGAUGAAGUUAAAACCUAUAAAAGUAAACUUAUCUCUGCUUUAUUUUCUAAAAUUAAACUUUGCGACCACAUAAUUCCGAUACUUUGUGAAUCUAUUGACUGCCUAUUCAAUUUCUCUCCUCAACAAUCUCAAUGAUGGCUGAGAACCCUAAUUGCACUGUUUAUGUUGUUUUGGUAAUUGAAGGGUGUAGACACAUGAAUUUUGUGGAAUUAAAAUCCAUAUAAAAUUCGGAUAAAUUCCUAAAUUGAAGAAAUAUCAAGCCCAAGCCAAGAUCAAAUUAUUUGUCCAAGACAUGGAUUUAAAGCAAAGUUCAAUUUCACCGGGCUAGUCCAUUGAGUUGGUCUGCACAUGAUGAGCCCACUCUAUUAACCCAAGGUUCAUGCCACAUAUCAAGUGACGUGGCAUGCCAACUCAAGUCAAGGACCAAUAAAAUCGCGCCACGUGCAUAAGUGACACAGCAUGUUAAGUCAAUAGAAGAACCAAUCAAAUGUCGCCAAGUAUUCAAAUGACAUGGUUCAACCAAUCAUAUACAAACCCUAGCUCUCCGCUGCAACUAUAAAUAGGGGUCUUCACAAAGCCAAGAAAGGAAGAAAAAUACAUAGGGAAGCUCUCAGCCGCAAGUCUUCCGCAUACUAAGAAGUCUUCGCUCCAAGUGGUGAGCCGCAAGUUUCCAUACCUCUACGUUUGUGAUUAAAGCUCGGCUCCGCAAUCGUAGUGAAGUCUCAACAACAAGUAAUUCGUCCAUUCAAGAACAAGCAAAGCCCUUGAUUGACGGCCGUAUCGUGAGGAGAAGAAUCAGAGGAUUACAUUUUUUUAUUUAAGAUUUCAUAAAGAUUGUAACCCCCGCACAAAUUCUUGAAAUCAAAUAUUAUUCUUUGUCGCUAUUUUUCUUGUCUUGAUUAUUAUUUUCAAGAACGAAAGAUUAGUCGUUACAAAUUUGGCACGCCCAGUGGGACAAUCUUUACCUGUCAUCUCUUCUCUCCAACAGUCGAAGUUCAAAAAUACUAAGAUGACUUCUAAGAAGGUCAACUCGAAAUCCGCAUCCACAAAAAUUAUCCGAUCCAAAUUCUCCGUUGCUGUGGAAAACAUCCUAGACGUUACUAAGGGGAGCAUCAGACCCGUCAACCAAGCCAAAUUGCUAGGAGAACGAGCUCCGCAAGCACAGUCUGAAUCUGCUGUCGUCUUUGGUUCUUCUUCAAAAGGCGUGAGAUCUCCCGCAAACACCACACAAAAAGGGGAGGAUGUCGCCAAAAUGGCAGAGAGGGUUCUUUCCCAACUUAGUUUAUCUAAGUCCAAGAAAUCCUUCAUGCAAGCCGAUGAUGAUGUCUUAAGCACUGGAUCUACUCCGCAUAACAUGUUCGCAUCAUAUGUUAGCGAAAAUCCAUGUUCUUCUCCGUCACCUACGAUGGUGGCACAUGCAAUGAUGACUAAUGCUUCAACCAUAGAAGAACAACUUGAAAAUUUGACGAAAGCAGUUGAAGGCCUAUCAAGGUAUGUUAAAGAUCAAGAUGCUAAAAUCACCAAGUUAACAAAUAAAUUGGAGAGCAUGGCCGAAGGAGAGUCUACCCAAGCACCUGUGAAGCUUCAUGAAACACAAGAGGAAGAAGAGUCCUCCGCAAAACAAGCAACAACGAUCAGGAAGGUCCAAGUCCCCGCCGAAGGUCUGAUUCCCGCUGGCCAGUUGAAGGACUUCAUCAUGGAGGCUAUCAAGGAUAAAUUUAAGCCCGCACCCAAAUCUUCUCUUACAUAUGCAAAGCCUUAUACGCGAAGGAUUGAUAAGUUGAAGAUGCCUGCUAGCUAUCAACCUCCUAAGUUGCAGCAAUUCGACGGCAAGGGGAAUCCAAAACAACAUAUAGCACACUUUGUUGAAACUUGCAACAAUGCUGGAACAUAUGGUGAUUACCUCGUCAAACAAUUCGUUCGAUCCCUUAAAGGGGAUGCAUUCGAUUGGUACAUUGACCUUGAACCUAAUUCCAUUAAUAGGUGGGAGCAACUAGAGCAAGAAUUCUUUAACCGCUUCUACAGCACGAGGCGUGUUGUAAGCAUGAUAGAGCUUACAAAUUCUUGCCAAAGAGAUGGUGAGCAAGUUGUUGACUUCAUCAAUCGGUGUAGGAGCAUGCGCCUUAAUUGCAAAGAUCGUCUUAGUGAAGCUUCUGGGAUCGAAAUUUGUAUCCAAGGUAUGCAUUGGGGUCUUCGUUACAUAUUGCAAGGAAUAAAGCCCAAGACAUAUGAAGAGUUGGCAACCCGUGCACAUGAUAUGGAAUUAAGCAUUGAUACAAAUGGAGAUCAAUGGUUUUCUGUCCGUGAGCCUCACAAAGAUGAAGAUAUAAAAGACUUCCAUAGUGGGGGCAAGUUUGAAUCCAAAGAUGAAAUAGAAGAGUCCAUGUAUGUUACAAUGCUCCUCAACGCAACAGCCUAAACUGCAAGUCGAAACGCUCCUUGACGCAUGAGCUUAAACUGCAAGUUGAAAUGCUCCUUGACACACGAGUCUAAACUGUAGGUCACGAGCUCUUCCAAUUUGGGCUAAAUUCUCAAGUCGUAAAGCUCAUCAAAAUUCGAGCCAAAUCUAUAAGUUGCAAUGCUCCUUUUCGCACGAGCUUAAACUGCACGUUUCAACACUCCAUGAUGCACGAGUAUAAACGGCAUACCAAAAAAAAAAAACUCAAGUAAAAUAAUCUUUCUGAACUACGUAAUGACUUGAUCCUCUUCACCGAGGUACAUAGGCAAUUUAGAAUUUCCUUCUAAGUGUAGUCAUAUGAGUGAAAAAAAAAACUCAUCCCUUCAACGCGGAGCCAAAGCAAAGUUGCUUGCACGAAGUUUCUAUUUUUUUUCACACGCUUGGAGGAUCUAAAGAGAAUUUUCUACAACUUUGGAGGAUGGAGUGAUUUUCCAUGACGAUCUUCUUACAUCAACUUUUUCAUAGUAGAUGGAUCUUUGUGCAUCAAUGGGUCUACUCACUAUGCCUGGGGGCAUAUCUACUUAGUUCAUGUACUUGCUUGUCAUAGUUGUCAAAAAAAAUAAAAUAAAAAAAAUAGGUAUUUCAAGUGUCUCUCUCGCCAAGCAAAAGAGGGAUAUGCACCAUCGAAUUUCAUGCCAAGGUUGGAAAGGGACUAGUCCAAGUGUUAAUCUCACUAAGCCGCAAGGACAAGAUGCACCAUGUAAUUGUCCCACGAACAUCGCAAGGAAAUUCGAAGCUCCAAGUUGUUUCCGCGAAAAAUACUUAAAGUUCGGACACACCAAGUGGUUCUUCACCGAUCACGUGGAUGUCUUCUUGGUCUAAUAUCGAGACCAUUUGUGCUCCUUCAUACACUUGCAAAAAAAAAAAAAUGGAAUCCAAAUCGACGAUGCAUAAUGCUUCAGUACGGGAUGAUAAACAUUGUGUCAUUGUACUUCUCCACCAAAUUUUGAAGGAUGAACCACUCCAUGCCGCGAGAAGGACACUAGCUCUUUGCAUUUCUUCACUAAGUCAAAAGAAGAUUUUGUCAACGCCAAAGGUUAAAGGACGAGUCAUUCUCACAGGCCUUCAAAAAGUUGUGAGAAGAUGACGUCACAUGUGAUUCUUCCGACAAGUCGUAGGGAUGAGAGUCUCCAUGAGCUUUCUCCGAAGAUUGGAUAAUGUUACUCCAAGUAUUCUCUAUCAACGCCGCAACGAAGGAGGAAACACCAUAUUAUUCUUCGCUGAAGUAAACAAAACCACCAAAGAGGGAUGCACUAAGUCGCCUCUCAUCAAAGCUGGAUAGAGUAAUGAAAUAAGUCCAACCAAAGUCGGACGGACAACACUCCAAGUAGUUCCUUGCCAAUCAACGAUGACGAACUAUGAAGGUCCUUCCAGCGUCGUGGGGAUUUUGUUUGAUCUUUGUGGCUUUAAGAGAAGGUUGUGACAUUGUGUGCAUCUUCUCAGUCUGAAAUAGAGACCAUCUGCAUCCUCGUGCAAACCUACAAAGAAGAAAGAAAACAAAAACAAAAAAAUAGCGUCCAUGAAUGUUGUCCGAAGUCGAAGUGUCAGAUUGUGUCACCAACUUUGAAAUCUUAUUCCCUCCAAUCUGGAAGGAGUUUCACUGUGAUUUUUGGAUAUGUCGUAGCCUUUGAUGUUUUCUUUCCACAGAAUCAAGCCGCUCGUCAUUUGGACACUUCAAUCUCAAGAUAUGAUGUUUUCUGUGAGACUGCACAGUGCUUAAAAAAAAAAACGCAGAUCCAUAUCUCAACUUGCAGAAUUCAUUCCCGUCAAUCCGGAAGGAGUUUCGCUUUGAUUUUUGGAUUUGUCGUGUCCUUUGAUGUCUUCUUUCUACAUAAUCAAGCCACUCAUCAUUUGAGCACUCCAAUAUCAAGAUAUAGUGUUUUCCGUGAGACUGCACAGUGCUGGAAAAAAAAUACAGAUUUGUAGCUCAACUUGGAAAAUUAAUUCCCGUCAAUCCGGUAGGAGUUUCUGUUUGAUUUUUUUUAUAUGUCGUACCCUUUGAAGUCUACUUUCUACAGAAUUAAGACUCAUCAGUUGGACUUUCCAAUCUCAAGAUAUGGAAUUUUCCGUGACAGUUCGCAAAACUGUGAGAUCAGAAUUCCAAGCGUGUAGCCAACUUCAAAAAUUGAUUGCGGCCUAUCCAGGAGGAGUUUUGCCGUGAAUUUUUGGUAUGUUGUCGAUUUGUGAAUCUAGUUUCACAAGAAUCAUGCUGCUUAUCAUUCAGAUUCUCCUACAUCAAGGGACGGAUAUCGUUGUCGAUGUCACGAUGCUUCAACAGAAAAAUAUGGAUGUCGGUGCCAAUUCACGACGCUCUAGCCAGGCUUAUGAUUAUCGGUGCUUAUUGCACGAAGCUUCUUGGUUCUAGACAGAUCAAUGCCCACGAUGCUAACUGCACGAAAUUUUCUCGGUUCUAUACGGAUCGACGCGCGUGGUGCUUAUUGCAUGAUUUUUUUUUCCGGUUUUAUAUGGAUCGAUGAGAACUGCACGAAGCUUCUAUUUCGCAUGAUGGACAUAGGGAGAAGCUAGUACAACCGCCCAGUUCAGCAUGGCAGAUAUUGGCGCCAAAGCAUGAAGCUUUGAUUUGCGGCUAAAUUCGGUCCUGAACAUCAAUCUCCAUUGUUUGCGAAUUUGAAACUUCUUGUGUUGGUGCAAUCUUUCAAUCUUGAUUCUGGAAGAAAAGCCGGACCAUUUCUUUGAACACUGCCAACAUAUAUGGAAGAACGACACAAUCAAAUGGCAUAUUGAAACAAGUAGUUAAAAAGUUAAAACCUGCGAAAGGAAAACAAAGAGCAAGGAUUGUUAGUUCUUUUAAAAAAAAACAAAAAGAAGGACAAGAAGUAAACAACUGUUGGACGUCCUUAUAUAGACAUGCAAAGUCAUUACCCUUCACAAUCAAAAGUGUAGGCGGCUGUGAACUAGGGUUUGUCUUUUUGUUUGAAUUGAGAAUUGCUAUACCGAAAAUACCACGCCUUGGUUUAAGACUCUUGGCUUUGGUCAAGUGUUUUUCUAUAAUACUUCAAGCCUCGAUUCACUUUCAACACAUCUACACCCCGGCAAGUCUUGAAGUAGGGGGCAUUUGUAGAAACAUGAAUUUUGUGGAAUUAAAAUCCAUAUAAAAUUCGGAUAAAUUCCUAAAUUGAAGAAAUAUCAAGCCUAAGCCAAGACAAAUUAUUUGUCCAAGACAUGGAUUUAAAGCAAAGUUCAAUUUCACCGGGCUAGUCCAUUGAGUUGGUCUGCACAUGAUGAGCCCACUCUAUUAGCCCAAGGUUCAUGCCACAUAUCAAGUGACGUGGCAUGCCAACUCAAGUCAAGGACCAAUAGAAUCGCGCCACGUGCAUAAGUGACACAGCAUGUUAAGUCAAUAGAAGAACCAAUCAAAUGUCGCCAAGUAUUCAAAUGACAUGGUUCAACCAAUCAUAUACAAACCCUAGCUCUCCGCUGCAACUAUAAAUAGGGGUCUUCACAAAGCCGCGAAAGGAAGAAAUAUACAUAGGGAAACUCUCAGCCGCAAGUCUUCCGCAUACUAAGAAGUCUUCGCUCCAAGUGGUGAGCCGCAAGUUUUCAUACCUCUACGUUUGUGAUUAAAGCUCGGCUCCGCAAUCGUAGUGAAGUCUCAACAACAAGUAAUUCGUCCAUUCAAGAACAAGCAAAGCCCUUAAUUGACGGCCGUAUCGUGAGGAGAAGAAUCAGAGGAUUACAUCUUUUUAUUUAAGAUUUCAUAAAGAUUGUAACCCCCGCACAAAUUCUUGAAAUCAAAUAUUAUUCUUUGUCGCUAUUUUUCUUGUCUUGAUUAUUAUUUUCAAGAACGAAAGAUCAGUCGUUACAAAGGGUUAUUGUAUAUCCUUUUUGGGGAUUUGUUUUUUCUCCUCCAUGAAUCCUAGGAUUUCAGAUUGAUUGACUAUGUGUUUUUUCUCUAAUGGCAUAUAAAGUAUAAACAUUUAUUUUCAAUGAACUUCGACUUGAAAAGCUGAGUUCCAAAACUUCAAAAACGAAGAAACAAGAGAAGCUACUUGUUGCUAAACUUCCACAAAAAAGAAAGAUUUUGCUAGAACUGUGUUUUCCCUUUCUAAACGGAGUUUUUGCAAAAGCUGAAACAAACACCAUCUUACCUUUUUUUCCGUUAUGCUGUUAGAAUAUAGUUACAAUUGUACAGUCUCACCCUUUGGUGAGACUGGGAAAGUCUCCUAGAUUAAUUAGUAAUGAGAACAUUGGUAUGAAUUGCAUAUAAAUUUGGUGAAUCCGCCUUUGUUGAGGUGUCUGAGAUGGAAAGUCGAGGCUGCUUGCUUUUCCUGUUGCUUGUUUGAAUUAUCUCUGCAAGAGUGUGCUCAACAUAUAGUGCUUUUCUGAUUGGUGGGAUAUGCAGUUUGUUUUGUGCUGUGAAUGAGUUUUCUGAUGUACCACCUUCUAAGAUGGUUUGAAUUUCUUUUUAUU